AUGGGCCAAUACCAGCAUUUGACUUACCGAGCCAUUACCAUGGUUCGCGGUGGGUUGAUCUCCAUGCUGUACCGGAAGGCAACGGACAUCAACAUCCAGGACGUCGACCCAGCCUCUUCCAUGACCCUCAUGAGUGCUGAUAUUGAACGUAUCGUCCAAGGAUGGCAAAUGAUGCACGAACUGUGGGCUGCCGCCGCCGAAGUGGGUAUCGCCAUCUUCCUCCUCCAGAAGCAGCUCGGAGUCGCCUGUGUUGUUCCAAUCGCCGUGUCAAUUCUUUCACUCUUCGGCUCGGUGAUUGCAAUGAACUUCGUCAUGGCUCACCAGGCUUCCUGGUUAGAGGCCAUCGAGAGGCGUAUCUCUGCGACCAGCGUGAUGCUGAGUUCAAUGAAGGGGGUGAAGAUGUGCGGUUUGAAGGAAGUUCUCCUGACGAAUCUCCACAAUCUGAGACUUGAAGAGUUGAACAUCUCCAAGAAGUUCCGUAAGCUUCUGAUCUGGAAUAUGGGUUUCGCAUUUGUGUCUCAAAUCUUUGGUCCGAUCAUCACUUUUGCCGUGUUUGCUGCUAUCAACAAGAAUGGAGGCGGCAACGCCAUUCUGGACAUCAGCCGUGUGUUCACCUCCCUGUCUCUCUUUGCGCUGCUGUCGGAGCCCCUGCAGGCCUUGAUUAUGUCCCUGGUGACAUUCCUGGGCUCCGUCGGAUGCUUCACCCGUAUUCAGGAGUUCCUUGACAAGCCAUCCCGCGUUGAUUCUAGACGCCAGCCAGAGCAGCGGAUUACCAACCUAUUCAACCUUAGCCAGCAGACCCUGGCUCUCUCCGAUAAAGACGCCUCCAAGAACGGCGAGAAGAUCAACCGCAGCUCCGCCAGUCCAACCAUCAGGUCAACAAAGUCCGGCGGUUCCUUCCCACUCAAGGGAUUGACCCAUUCCAACCCAGAAGUCGACGCUGUUGCUAUCCGCGAUGGCUGCUUUGCAUGGGAGAACGAGAAGGGCGCCGUCCUCAAGUCCAUCAACAUCAACAUUCCUCGUUCCAAGACUACUGUCAUCGUCGGUCCCGUUGGCUGCGGCAAGUCGACUCUGCUCAAGGCUAUCCUUGGUGAAGUCGUCUGUCUCGGCGGCGUGGUUGAGAUUGCCUCCAGGAACAUUGCCUUCUGCGACCAGACUGCCUGGCACAUGAACGAGUCUAUCAAGGACAGCAUUGUCUCUGUGCUGGACUUUGAUGAGAAAUGGUAUGCCACUGUUGUCCGCGCCUGUGGUCUGGCGCAGGAUCUUCGCCAGCUCCCUCGCGGUGACCAGACCAUCGUGGGCAGCAAGGGUAUCGCCCUGAGUGGUGGCCAGAGCCAGCGUAUUGCCCUCGCCCGUGCCAUCUAUGCUCAAAAGGACGUCCUUAUCCUCGACGAUGUUCUCAGUGGAAUCGACGCUGCAACUGAAAAUCACAUCUUCCACAGCCUUCUCGGAGAAGAGGGACUGCUUCGUCGACUCGGGACCACCGUCAUCAUCACCUCGUCUUCGCGUAAGUUGAAACCCGAUGCCGUAACAAUAGGCGAGAUUAUUCUGGCUAAUAAUAACCGUGCAGCCAAACGUAUUCCUUAUGCCGACCAUAUCAUUGCCCUCAGCUCAGAUGGCCGUGUCGACGAGCAAGGUAAAUUCGAGGAGCUCAACGUAUCCGGCGGAUAUGUCUCGAGUUUCAACCUUCCCUCGCCCGACUGGCUGUUCAAGCCUGAACCAGAACGACCCCUCCCUGCUCCGGCUGUUAUCGAUGAGACUCCCCAGACGUCGGACGAGCUCGAGGCUGCGGCUAACCGACGAAUGGGCGACAUGGCCAUCUACCUGUACUAUGCCCGGUCGAUUGGCUGGCCAACCACCAUCGUCUUCAUGUUCUUCAUCAGCGCUUUCGUCUUCUGCAUUUCCUUCCCUACUAUCUGGUUGAAAUGGUGGGCUGCGUCCAACAUCGAGGCUCCAUACGAAAAGCUCGGCUACUACCUGGGUAUCUAUGUCAUGCUUGGUGUUCUUGCCAUCAUCUCUCUCAUACUCGGGUCAUGGCAAAUGAUCAUCACCAUGGUUCCAAAAUCCGGCGAGGCCUUCCAUUUUACCCUGCUCAAGACUGUCCUGUCUGCUCCUCUGUCAUUCUUCUCGACCACCGACCAAGGUGUGACCAUGAACCGAUUCUCUCAGGAUCUUCAGCUCAUCGAUAUGGAGCUCCCCGUCGCUGCACUUAACACCUUUGCAACCUUUGUUCUGUGUUUCGCCCAGAUGGUGAUCAUUGGCGUCGCUUCGGUGUAUGCUGCCAUUGCUUUCCCACUUAUCAUCGGUACUCUGUACAUGAUCCAGAAGUACUACCUUCGUACAUCUCGCCAGCUCCGGUUCAUGGACCUUGAGGCCAAGGCACCGCUAUACUCUCAGUUCACCGAGUGUCUCAACGGUCUGGCCACCAUCCGUGCCUUUGGAUGGCAGGAAGCCCUUGAGAAGAAGAACCGCAAGCUGCUCGACCGUUCCCAGAAGCCCUUCUACCUCCUUUUCUCCGCCCAGCGAUGGCUGACUUUGGUCCUCGAUAUGGUUGUUGCCGGUAUUGCCGUGCUGUUGAUCGUCCUGGUCAUCAAACUCCGAGGCACUAUUAGCGGUGGAUAUGCUGGUGUUGCUCUGCUUAAUGUUAUCCAGUUCAGUCAGUCGAUCAAGCUGCUCAUCACCUUCUGGACCACUCUCGAGACGCACAUUGGAGCCAUUGCUCGCAUCAAAGUGUUCAACGAGACUGCCCAACCUGAGGAUAAGGAGGGCGAAAACACUCAACCACCAGACAACUGGCCUGCUCAGGGAGGCAUUGAGUUUAAGUCUGUCUCCGCUGAGUACCGGCCGGGCGAACCCAUCCUAAAGAAUGUGACCCUUACCGUCGCCCCGGGAGAGAAAUUGGGCAUCUGUGGACGAACUGGAAGUGGAAAGAGUUCUCUCAUCCUAACGAUAUUCCGCAUGCUCGAGUUGAGCGGCGGCAGCAUCUCGAUCGACGGCAUUGAUCUCAGCACUCUGCCUCGCUCCGAGAUCCGGUCCCGUAUCACUGGUGUAUCCCAGGACGCCCUCAUCCUAAAGGGCUCACUGCGCCUCAAUAUCGAUCCAACUGGCGUCCUCGGUGACGACGCAAUGAUCUCAGCCCUGAAGAGUGUCCAGCUAUGGAACAUUGUCAACGAGAAGGGCGGCCUUGACGUUGACAUUGACGAGAUCCAUCUCUCGCAUGGCCAGAAGCAACUUCUCUGCCUUGCCCGAGCGAUCCUUCGACCCAGCACAAUCCUUAUUCUCGACGAAGCCACAAGCAACGUCGACAACAAGACCGAUGAGAUCAUGCAGCGAGUCAUUCGAGAGAAGCUGUCGUCUCGCACCAUCAUUGCAGUCGCCCACAAGCUGGACACCAUCCUCGACUUUGACCGGGUAGCCCUGCUGGACGGCGGCGAGCUGCUCGAGUAUGACGACCCAUAUACCCUGCUGUCUACCGACUCAUCUUUCAGCCGCCUGUACGCCAGCACCAUGGCCGAGACGCCCGAGGAUGUGGAAGUCAUCAGUGUCUCGGACGAAAUGAUCAGCACACCGGGUACUGGACGCAACACACAUAAUCGCCCUUCUUCUUCUUCUCCUCCUCCUACGUCUACUCUUCUUCUCUUCUCUUCUUCUUCUUUUUCUUUUCACCAUCAUUUUGACGUUCAUUUCUUAAAAAUAUCUUCCUUGGGUAUAUAUACAUAG